CAUGUGAAUACGAAGUCUGAACACUGUAUUUGUAUAGUGUAUUGCAAUAGUAUUGUAACGCAAAAGGCAGAAACAAAAGCAGCCAAAAAGCAAAAGAUGGUUCAGCACUGGUAAGAAGACCAUAGGCUGGCUACUACUACACACAGCAGCACAUGUUAUGAAAACGAAAAGAAAAAGCUAAGUUGGAUGUAUGUGAUGGCAUUUGUGAAUAAAUGAAUGCUAUGGAGAGUGCCUUUUGGGGCGUUUGCUCCAAAAUAUUCCUGAACCAGCAAUCUGCCCGUACGCAUUGUUUGAUAGUUUAAUCAUCAACAGCCACAGCACAAGCCUCAGUUUGUGCUGCUGUUCCUGAAACAUACACAGAUCAGGCAGCAGCAGGAGUUUCCUUUUCUCAACUCUCUUCACUCUUUCUUUUAACAGAUACAUAGAUAGAGAGAUAGGCAGAGAAACAUGGUUUCUGAAACCUCCCUCUCUUCUUCUAAACGCUCUCCGGCUACUCCCAAGUUUUGCAACUCAUUCACUACUAGGAUUUUUGCUGAUGUUGCCGGAGACAUUACAAUUGUCGUUGAUGGUGAAUCUUUUCUGCUACAUAAGUUUCCCCUGGUGACUCUAAGUGGAAAAAUCCGGAAAAUGGUGGCUGAAGCCAAGGGUUCCAAUGUUUCAAACUUGGAGCUCCUCAACUUUCCAGGGGGGCACCAGACAUUUGAACUUGCCAUGAAGUUUUGCUAUGGGAUGAAUUUUGAGAUUACAACAUUCAAUGUUGCCCGGCUUCGUUGUGCAGCAGAGUAUCUGGAAAUGACAGAAGAAUACAGGGAGCAAAACCUCAUUUCAAGAGCAGAGAUUUAUCUGAAUGAGAUUGUCUUUCAGAGUCUUCAGAAGUCAGUGGAAGUGCUAUCCACAUGUGAGAUGUUGCCUACAAAUAUAGUGGAUGAAAUUGAAAUAUCAAGUGGAUGUGUGGAAUCCAUUGCAAUGAAUGCUUGCAAGGAGCAGCUAGUUUCUGGCUUAUCUAAAUUAGACUGUGAUGGAGAAUCUAGAGAGCUAAAGGAGGAUUGUGUUGCCUGGUGGGUUGAAGAUCUCUCAGUUCUGCGUAUAGAUUACUUCCAAGGAGUUAUUUGUGCCAUGGGAAGAAUGGGGGUGAGAUCAGAUAGCAUUAUUGCAUCACUGAUGCAUUAUGCUCAAUCAUCUCUAAAGGGUAUUGGAAAAUGCCAAUUCUGGAAUCCAUCAAGGACAAACUCAAGUCCAACCAGUGUAGAAAAGGACCAGAGGAUAAUUGUGGAAACUCUUGUGAGUCUCAUGCCAACAGACAAAAGCUCUGCCAUUCCCUUGACAUUUUUGUUUGGCAUGUUAAAGAUGGCNUUCUUGAUAAUAGAUGGAAUGGAACAAUUAAGGUGA